AUGUGGCUGCUGAUAUUUUUGGUGUGCGUCCUGAUUUGGGCUGGUGGAACAUACUGGUACCUGUUCAGCAAGCCAAGUCCAUUUACAGUGGAGUCAGUGAGGCCUCCAGGACCUUUAGAGCUGGACCAGAGGAAGAGAGACAAAGUGCUGAAACAAGGAUUUACCAAGGAGAAGAUUCCAAAGAAUCUUGAUGCAAUUGUAAUAGGCAGUGGGAUCGGAGGAAUGACGGCUGCAGCCACAAUGGCCAAAGCGGGGAAGAGAGUCCUGGUGCUGGAGCAGCACGACGUGGCCGGAGGCUGCUGUCACACUUUCACUGAGAAGGGUUUUGAGUUUGAUGUGGGACUUCACUACUUCGGUCAGCUGCAUGAAAACGGUCUGCUUAAGGUCGCUAUGGAUCAAAUCACUGAGGGUCAGCUGGAGUUUGUGGAGCUACCGCAGCAUUUUGACAGCAUUGUGAUUGGCGACGGAGAGAAACGGAGAGACUACGCCAUCUUGAGUGGCAAGACUGAGAUGGAGCAGAACCUUAAGAAGAUCUUUCCAGAUGAUGUCAAAGCUGUGGAGGAGUUCUCUAAGACCAUGAAGGUCACAGCCAGGAAGAUUCAUUAUUUGGCCAUCCUAAAACUGAUUCCCCAGUGGUUGGCUCUGUUUCUGCUCAAAAGUGGCAUCGCUGACCUCUGCUCAUCCAUCUUUCGUCUCUCAGGCUUCAAUGCCACUGAGAUGAACAACAGACUGACAAGCAACAAGGAUUUGCACGUGAUCUUCUCAUAUUUCUUCUACGGUGUGCCUCCUAAAGAUUCCAGCUGUAUGAUCAAUGCUCUGAUGCUGCACCAUUUCAAGCGUGGUGCAUAUUACCCUAAAGGGGGCGCCAGUGAGAUCCCGUUCCACAUCACUAAAGUCAUACAGAAAUAUGGGGGCAGUGUGCUGGUCCGAGCUCCUGUCAGUCGGAUCCUGGUUGAUAAGAAGGAAGCUGCUUAUGGAGUGACAGUGAAGAAAGGUGAUGAGCAUGUGGAGAUUCGGGCUCCUGUCAUCAUCUCCAACUGUGGGAUCUUCAACACCUUCCAGAAGCUCUUACCUCCAGAAAUACAAGUCAAACCAGAUGUUCUGAGUCGUCUGGAUAUGAUGAGGCCCGGUAAAGCCUCGUUCCUCCUGUUCUCGGGGUUUGAUGCGACGCAGGAAGAGUUAGACAUCGUGCCCACCAGCAUCUGGCUCUUCAAAUCCAACGACAUGGAUGCCAUGAUGGAUGAGUUCUUCAGUAUGAGUAAAGACGAGGCACCAGAGAACAUUCCCAUGAUGCUCAUCACCUUCCCCUCAGCCAAAGAUCCCACAUCACAGAUCCGGCACCCAGGCAAGUCAUGUAUGACCAUAUUGACCAUGGUGAAUUAUGAAUGGUUUGAAGAGUGGAAAGAUACUAGAGUGAGAAAAAGAGGCGACGAUUAUUUCAACUACAAGAUGAGAUUUGCCAACUAUCUCUUUGAAGGGGCCUGCAAACACUUCCCAAAACUCAGAGACAAGCUGGUGUUUCAGGAGGCCGCCACUCCUCUGACAAACAUGCACUACCUCAGCUGUAACCGAGGGGCCAUUUACUCUGCUGAUCACAACCUGGACCGCUUCUACGCGGAGGCCAUGGCUCGAAACCGAUGUGACACUCCCGUCAAAAACCUUUAUUUGUCAGGCCAGGACAUUUUUAGCUGCGGUAUCGCCGGUGCGUUGCAUGGUGGUCUCCUCUGCGCCUCCACCGUCCUAAACUACCCUGUGUACAUCGACCUCUUGUUGAUCAAGAAAAAACUCAAGUGGAAGAAAGCGAAGGAGGCAGCAAAACUGGCAAAGCAGAAGCAGCAGUGAUGAAGCUGUUAGGAGGGAGAACUGCA